CGUUUGGGCAGUGCGUCCGUGCGUGUGUGCGGGGUGAGAGAGGAGAGUGGAGUAGCUAAAGACGGUUUGGUUGAACACACGGAGUCACACCACCUGCUGUCCGCCCUCACUGCUGCCGAGGCCCGCUCUGCUCACAGAUAAAGCCCGCUACGCUACAAACUGUCACACAGACAUUGCAAUACCGUGCUCGUCAGCGCAGCCGGACAAAAACACAGGAACCAUGCCCGAAAGGAGGCCCUUCGUACGGCUACCAACUGACGUUUAUCCCGUCAACUACGGCUUAUGGCUAAAGCCCGACUUGAUCGACUUCACUUUCGAGGGCAGGCUAGAGGCACUGGUGGAGGUUACACAAGCCACAAAUCAGAUUGUGAUGAAUUGUGCCGACAUGGACAUCAUCAAGGCUUCCUUUGUACCACAAGGAGGAGAAGAAAUCAAUGCCACAGGAUUCAACUAUCAAAACGAGGAUGAAAAAGUUACUCUGUGCUUUCCUAGAUCUCUUCAGAAAGGCUCAGGUAUGUUGAAGGUUGACUUUGUUGGGGAACUGAACGACAAAAUGAAAGGGUUCUACAGAAGUAAAUACACAACCGCAGCAGGAGACGUCCGCUAUGCUGCUGUCACACAAUUUGAGGCCACGGAUGCUCGCAGAGCUUUCCCUUGUUGGGACGAGCCAGCUAUCAAAGCCACCUUUGACAUCACUCUGAUAGUUCCUAAGGACCGAGUAGCUUUGUCAAAUAUGAAUGUCAUUGAUCGAAAGCCAUAUCCAGAGGAUGAAAACCUUGUAGAAAUGAAGUUCGCCACCACGCCCAUCAUGUCCACAUACCUUGUAGCUUUUGUCAUUGGUGAAUAUGACUUUGUGGAGAGCCAGUCAUCAGAUGGUGUAACAGUACGAGUCUACACACCUGUAGGGAAGGCAGAGCAAGGGAAAUUUGCGCUGGAGGUUGCAACCAAAACCCUACCUUUCUACAAAGAAUAUUUCAGUGUUCCUUAUCCCUUGCCUAAAAUCGAUCUCAUAGCUAUUGCUGACUUUGCUGCUGGUGCCAUGGAAAACUGGGGCCUUGUUACCUACAGGGAGACAGCGCUGCUUAUUGACCCGAAGAACUCUUGCUCUUCAUCCAGACAGUGGGUGGCACUGGUCGUUGGACAUGAACUUGCUCACCAGUGGUUUGGAAACUUAGUCACCAUGGAAUGGUGGACCCAUCUGUGGCUAAAUGAGGGCUUUGCAUCCUGGAUUGAGUAUCUUUGCGUGGAUCACUGCUUCCCAGAGUACGACAUCUGGACUCAGUUCGUCUCAGCCGACUACACCCGUGCUCUGGACCUGGAUGCUCUGGAUAGCAGCCAUCCCAUAGAGGUGAACGUGGGCCACCCCUCAGAGGUAGAUGAAAUCUUUGACGCCAUCUCCUACAGCAAAGGAGCAUCUGUGAUCCGCAUGUUGCACAACUACAUAGGGGAUGAGGACUUUAGGAAAGGAAUGAACACAUAUCUUUUGAAGUUCCAACAUAAGAAUGCAUCGACAGAGGACUUAUGGGACUGUCUGGAACAGGCCAGUGGGAAACCCAUUGCUGCCGUGAUGAGCUCGUGGACCAAGCAGAUGGGCUUUCCAAUUAUUGUGGUGGACCAGGAACAGCAAGGUGAUGACCGCAUCGUCAAGUUAUCUCAGAAGAAGUUCUGUGCCAGUGGACCACACAAUGGUGAGGAAUGUCCCAGCUGGAUGAUCCCCAUCAGUAUUUGCACCAGCGAGGACCCAAAGUGCUCCAAGCUCGAGGUUCUGCUGGACAGACCCGAGGUGACUGUCACUGUGAGCAGUGUCACUCCAGAGCAGUGGAUCAAGAUCAACCCAGGCACUGUUGGCUUCUAUCGCAUUCAGUACAGCACGACCAUGCUGGAGAGUCUGCUGCCAGGCAUCAGAGACCUCAGUCUGCAGCCUGUUGAUCGACUCGGCCUGCAGAAUGACCUCUUCUCCCUGUCUCGUGCGGGGAUGAUCAGUACGGUGGAGGUGCUGAGGCUGAUGGAAGCGUUUGUCAACGAACCAAACUACACAGUGUGGAGCGACCUCAGCUGCAACCUGGGAGUGUUGUCCUCGCUCCUGACCCACACCGACUUCCAUGAGGACAUCCUCGAGUUCAUCCGGGACCUCUUCACCCCCAUCGGCCUCAAGCUUGGCUGGGACAGCAGACCUGGAGAAGGUCACCUGGAUGUUUUGUUGAGAAGUCUGGUUCUUGGGAAGCUUGGGAAGGCAGGACACAAACCCACUCUGGAGGAGGCCAGACGGAGAUUUAAGGAUCAUGUAGAGGGCAAGCAGGUCCUGCCUGCUGACCUCAGGAGCCCGGUUUAUUUAACAGUGCUGAAACACGGGGACAGCGCCACACUGGACACGAUGCUCAAGCUCCACAAACAAGCUGACAUGAUGGAGGAGAAGAAUCGCAUUGAGCGAGUGCUGGGUGCCAUCUCAGCCCCGGACCUCAUCCAGAAAGUCCUCAACUUCGCCCUCUCGGAAGAGGUUCGUCCCCAGGACACUGUGUCAGUAAUUGGGGGCGUGGCUGGAAGUAGUAAACAAGGCCGGAAAGCUGCAUGGAAAUUUGUCAAGGAAAACUGGGAGCAACUUUACAGCCGUUACCAGGGCGGUUUCCUCAUAUCACGGCUCAUAAAGCUCACAGUUGACGGGUUUGCCAUUGACAAAAUGGCCACUGAAGUGAAGAGUUUCUUUGACAGUCACCCUGCGCCUUCGGCUGAGCGUACAGUGCAGCAGUGCUGUGAGAACAUCCUCCUCAAUGCAGCCUGGCUGAAGCGCGACGCAGAUGACAUCCACCAGUAUCUACUGCAUCGCAAAGCACCCCCCGUCUGAGCUGCUGCCUGCCCCGCCUUCUCCUCCUGAUCCCUCCUCCUCCCCUUCCCUCCGAUACCGCGGACCUCCCAGCAUCAUAGCUGCCUUGGCCCCACCCCCUUUCACUACAGACCAGAGCAGAGCAGCAGCGCACUUAACAGUCGGCUUCAUUUCUCUAAAGAGACUGUAUGAAAUUUUGAAGACAAAGCCAAGAAUUUACCAGUGUUGGAAACACAGAGACUCUUUUUACAUCAACAGAAAGUAUCCAUUUCAGUCGGACCAGGAAUGUAGUUGUACCCCCGUGUUGUCCAUGGGGCAUGUCAUUAAACGCCAUGACCCUGGCCUGUAUGCACGCACGCACACAUGCACACCUCAUCCACCUCUGCCUCUCAGCUGAGAAAACUGUGAACCUCCCUCUCACCUCCUCACCCUACUGUUGCUCAUUUUAAAUGCAUGAAGUGUAUUUUCUACAUUUGCUGAUUUGUUUACGUCCACCUGUUUUCUGUGCAAAUAUUUCUUUUUCCUUUCCUUUUCAUUUCUUUCUUUUCUUUUUUUGUUUCUUCUCCCCUGCCCCUCUCAGCACUCUCAUCCACCGCCUUCUAUGUCAGAUGUUAUGAUUGGGUGAGAGCAGAAAGCACCUGGGCAGAAUGGGGUUAAUAAAAUAAUAAUAACAGUAGUUUAUGUUGUAGUUUCCAACAGCACUGAUUCUUAAUGGCUAAUCAACUUUUAAGGACAAGAGCAGCAGCACUAGCAUGGUACUACAUUGUAAACUGUAUAAUACAGUUGUUUUGUCAAAAAUGUUCCUUUUAAAAUGAUUCAAUGGAAAAUUUCAUAACUACCCGUUGAACCCGCCCACCUCCUGCCCUCAUGAGAGUUCACACAUUUUGAAUCCUUGACAAGUGUAUUUAAAGCCACUCUCUCUUCUCUGCUGCCCUCAGUGAGAUGAAUUUAAAAGCACGUGUUUUUAUAAAACAUCAGAUGCAGUGAUUUAUUUAAAUGUUGAGAUAAUCGUAUAUUCACCUCCUCAUGAAGCUGAUGGUUGAUGAGGAACUGACUCUUGGUGGUGCCGUUGAACUUGGAAGCCUUAAAGUGGUGGACUGGUUUUAGUAGGUGACAGAUCCAGACUUGUUGAGCGAGUAUAUCUAUAUAGAAUUGACCGUUUGAUGUGUUGUCGAGACUCUUCCCCCUGGAACAUUGUGGUUGUUUUUCUUUCUUUCUUUCUUUUUUUUUGUUUGAUUAAAACAGCAGUUGGUGUUCAUUAUUGUGAAAAAAGGAUUACAAAAAGAAAUGAUAACAAAAAAGUACAUGUUUUUUUUUUCUUUUUAAUUAAUGAAUUAAUGACUGAGGAGUGAGAGUUCCUGUCUGAAAACACAUUUAUUAUUUCAUUUUGUAUUGAUUUCACACAUUCACCUGUGAGCAGAAGAUCCCACUGAAUUUACAGUCAGUGAGGAGUUAAAAUUCAAACAUCAACACUUCCUGCUUUGACAGCCAUCAUCGUUGUUCACACAGACAUGUUUUCAUGUCUUCUCUUUCAAAUGUUGGUUCAACAUGUGGAAUGUCUUUGCUUCUGAAGGAAAGAGGACGACAGUUUUAAACGCCACAGCAAAUGUGAAAUAUCCAGUCCUAUAAAGACUGGAUGAUGUUGAAAAAGUCUGUCACAAGACUUUUCAUAAAAUAAAGGUUUUUCCAAAUUGACACUUGGAAAAUUGAUGAAAUUGGAGGAAGAGGACGAGCACGACUAAAAGUCUCAAAUUAAAAUGGUAAUCUUAUAUUGGAAA